AUGCGAAAUCAGAGAAGACAGGUCUCACCUGGAUCUGAUUUGGACUAUCGCGGCGACUCGGACAGUGACGAAGAUGAUUCCGAUUCGGACGAAGAGGAAUACAACCUCCCGACAAAGAGAAAAGUUGGAGAGUCAACCCACCUGCCGCUAUCUAAAAAGAAACGUAAAACCGACAGGAAGAAAUAUGAGUCUCAGUCGACGAAACGAACGCAGCAAGCAGCAAACCCGCCUCCCCGUGCGCCCCAUCGGGAACGCCUGGUUGCUCGCGCUGUCAUUCCUCCUCUCAACACUGUUCGCCUUCCUGGCAAAAUGCGAACCGGCUUCGUUUUCCUUGACAACCACUGCUGCGAUUGUGCCAGCGUGCCAUCUCGAUCUCACAAACGCUGCCAGGUCCUAACAUUCUAUGGGUUUUAUUAUCACUCAGAACUGGAGCUCGUUAUAUGCCCCACCCACAACCGCGGAGUCACCCCUGACCUUUGGCUUUCCCAUGUUCAGCAGAGCCACACCGAUCUCAGCGGUCAAGCCCGUGAAAAACGCCACAUCCUGCCGAUGAUCCAGCACGUUGCGGAGAGCUUUGGCCUCAUUUCUUCAACAAGUGACCUAAAUCUCCCCAGCAGCAUAUCACAACCAAUUACCGUGAUCCUUCCAUACGACGGCGUUCGUCCCUCAAUUGCAGGACGUUUUCCGUGUCCAGUUUCAAACUGUGGCGAUUGGGCCACUGUCAGCUACGGCAAAACAAUGAGUUAUCAUCAUCAAUUGUCAAAACAUAUUCAAACUAAACAUGGGCAGAGCAUACGAGACUUCCCUGGUGUUGCAAAAUCUCCUCUCUGGACCCAGAUGUUGAUGCUGCGCCCAAAGGUCUACCACGUCUUUCGCCUACCUCCUGACUGGUCCCCUCCAGGCGUAACCCAAAUGACUGAACCCAUCGAACCUGCCAUCGCUGCUGAUCCUCCAGCCCAUUAUCAGGAAGCAGCGGCUCUGGCUCAAACUCAGGCACCUUGGAUGAAAACCAUCGGAUGGUUCGCUUAUCGAGAAGCAUGUGGGAAUCCAAGCUUUGGUUCCUUGUGGGCUUUGACUGCCAUUCCAAGCAAAAAAAGCAUCGGGAGGGGGGGUCGAAAAUGGCUGGAAAGCGGCCUUCAUCAAAUCUUUGAAUUUUGUUUUGAAUAUCUUGUCAACGCCGAACAGUUUCUAGCAACCUGUCACGAAGGUGUACGGGAUGCAAUCACAUAUAAGACAUUGACAACAGGCAAAUACCGAGAAUACUCCAGAGCGUUAAGCCGUACCAUUGCACUAUCAAUGAGGCUACUGCACCAGAACAUUCACCGUGGAUCUGGUGCAGGCGCCAUCUCACUGCUGCUGGCAGGGAACCAGCUUGAAGGUGCUCUUAACCUUUAUACCGCCAUUAUCAAAGCGCGGGGACUCCCAGACCCUGAACUGCCAGAUGUCGUCCAUAAAUUCUGCGUAACACUGUUGAAACCAGGGGAUCUGUCGCCCAGCGACGCCCUUGCAUGCCCCACCGAUCAAGUCCUUUUCUUGCUCGGCGUUCGGCCACAAGAAAUGUAUGCCCCUGCGAGCUCCGUCAAAUCAACGUGCUCAGCCCUCCAGCAUUGCCUACGCAGCGUCAUGAUCCACAUUUGGUAUGAGGCCACAAAGCCCCUGGAAACCAACGCCGAUGCCUCGAACACAGAAUUUGCUGAAGAAGCUCCCCCUCAUCCUGACGACUCUGAAGAUGAAAAUCUCAGUACGGAUGAAUUUCAAGAAGAAUAUAUUAUACAAGACAGCGAGGAUGAACAGGAUCAACAUGAAGACGUCGACGAUGAGCUUUUAUUGGAAAAAAUCAUGAAUGAGGUUUACACGUACCGUCAAGAUUGUGAUGUCGAUCAACGCUCGACUGACCAUGGCAAUCCCUCCCCAGAGCAGGCCGCCGCCAGUAAUUCACAAUCGCUCAUCCCCCUCAUAAACGAAGAAGAGCCGUGGCUGACAAUCAGGACAGCAGGGGGUUGCUCAACCCCAUUUUCCCGCCUUCACUACGUUUGGCUCAAAGUCGAUCGAUACGCUCGUGAGGAAACUGGCUCAACGCAAUUCAACUCAUCGGGGGAUGGCCAUUUGUGGAGCUUCGGGAGGCUAGGAGCUCCCCCGAAGCAAAUAGAUAUGCGCGCUUGGGCUGCUGCGUGCAAAGAAGCGGACACCAAUUUUCGAGACGCCGUCCUUUCUCUGGCAAUGUCGGAUGCUGACUUCCUUGAGAAUUCCAUGAGGUUGAUGCGCAAAAUCAAGGAUGAGGGGAUCAGACUUGCACCCCAUCGACAAGUCCAAAACCUCAGGUGGAUGGGCCCCGUACAAAGUCAGCUGAGGAAGUUGGUUUUUGACCAUAUAUCUGCGAAAGAGGGCGAAAUCCAAGUCGACCUUCGUCAAGCCAACUGUUGGUUGGAGCAAGAGCAAAUGGCCCUUGACUCCCUGGCAAAUAUCCUCGUCCUCUCCACCGGUGUUAGCUUCCGUGGGUGGCAGUUAUCGUCCGUUCGCUUUGAUUGUUCGGAAUCGAUGGACCGAAAUGUCUGGAUUGUGGACAACACCUUCAUUGCUACCCACCCCAAGGCAAAACAGCGCAACAGAGAAUUUGCACCCACGCUAGUUGCCUUUCCCAAGAAGUUGUUCUCAUACAUCGCGCACCUAUUGGCCCAAGGUUGCCUCUCAAGCUAUAGAGCUUCACAAUGGAUAGGAUUUGGGCUUAGAGAGUACAAGGUCAAUGUCUCAAGAAAUUGGGCCUGUGACGCUCUGUCACAGCAUGUCACUGGUCAUCACACAUACCAAGGAUUGUGCACCACUUUUAAGACUCAGCUCUGUACCUUCCCUGCCAUGGCAAUCACUCGGAAACGCAAAGGGCCAGAUAAAGAACCACCUUCGGCAGUCGAUGCGGCCCUCCCUCCUGACGUACCGGGACAACGGAGGAAACGUCAGAAAAAGGGACAGGGCCUAGAUAACGCAAAAAAGAUCAUAGGUAAGAUCAAUCUAGGUAAACGGAUAAGUAAAAUGGCUCACCUCAGUCUCAGCGUAACGGACUGA